AUGAAGACUCCACAAUACUUAACGCUCUUGCUCCUCCCCAUUUCCGUCCUAGCUACGCCAGUUCUCAGAGGCGGUAAUAGCAGUGGAAAUGUCAAAGCUGCAGCUGGUGCAGGUGCAUGCGCACCAAUGAUGCUUAUAUUCGCUCGUGGAACCACAGAAACAGGAACUCUCGGUACCGUCGCAGGACCUCCAUUAGUUGCCGCCCUUGGUCAAGUCGCUGGAGGAGCCAACAAAGUGGCUGCACAAGGUGUUCCCUAUCCUGCCGAUGUUCCCGGGUUUUUAGCAGGAGGUGAUGCAAAUGGAAGUAAAAUGAUGGCUCAAAUGAUUUCAACAGCCGUCACGAACUGUCCCGACUCAAAAAUUGUCAUGUCAGGCUACUCUCAAGGAGGCCAACUCGUACACAAUGCCGCCAAAAUGCUUCCCGCAGCCACCAUGGCCAAAGUCAGCGCCGUAGUCAUUUUCGGUGACCCAAACAACGGAUCACCAGUCGCAGGCGCAUCAGCCGCAAAAACCAAAGUUAUCUGCCAUACUGGUGAUAAUAUUUGCGCGCAUGGAACUUUGAUUUUGAUGCCUCAUUUGACGUAUGGCAGGGAUGCAGGUACAGCUGCUGCUUUUGUUAAGACGGCGACUGGUAUGUAA